UUAGCGCGACUCCACCAUGUGCAAAUUUUGUCUUUUCGCUUUCCCAAGGCGAUCAAAUUGCUUUCAGUUUCAUUUGUGAGUCAUGGCUUUUCUGGAGUAAUCAUGAAGCCAACUGAAAGAAUUUUGGCAGUAUUUGUGCUGUUCGGAGUGUACACUUCUAUAAGUUGUCGAGUGUGCGAUCUCUCCAUCGAUAGUUUUGCGUCCGAAUUUGUUCUGAAACGCUGUGCAUUUUCUUUCCACGAAAAAUCCGAAACUAAAUACAUUGGAUUUGAAUUCCGACUGACGGAAAGCAAGGAGACGAGACACGCUUUGGAAACGGUGAAAGCAAAUUUUCGCGAGUUAUCGUACAGUCCUUUGACGCGUUGGAACGGUAGCUGUGAUUGUAAUGAAGUACCAUGUUUGAAUGAGGAACAAUUGAACGAUUUGUUUAUUUCAGGCGUCAAACAAGCGUUUGAAGAAGCGAAAUGGAGAAUUCCAUUUAUGUCAGGGUUGUGCUGUUCUGUUCAACGAGCUUUAGUGGAGACAUUUUAUCGUUUGGACGAGAAACAACUAGCACGUUUGAAGAAAUGUACUUUGAAUGAAAUUGACACGCGUAAGUGUACGGCAUACUUGACUAAUGAACUUCGCCAGACGGAAUGGUGUGAUAGUUUUAAAACAAAAUGUGAAAAUGUCAUCGGUCGUAUUUUUAGAGGAUGUGAGGUGACAGAGAGGAGGAAAAGGGAUAUUGGUAUCAAACAUACUUCAAUGUGUGGUCCAUCUGCUUGCUAUCAAGGGAAAGCGUCAGUUUUGUCGACACCUCUGCUGAAAGUCCAAGGUACUUCUUAUCUUGGACUUCACGAUUUCGCUAAUACACCGUCGCAAAGCGUAGGCAGUUUGAAGCUGGAGCCGCUUGUAUAUAAAGCCAGUCUUAACUCAGUGGCAGCGAUCAAUUCAGGUUCUUCAGAUAUUUCCCGAAGUGCGGAGGUUUAUGAGUUCGCCUUCAGAGUUUCAACUGAAACCGUAUUGCAGACGUUUCCCACCCCCUCCCCCCGCGGUUCAUGGACAUCACCCGCCAUAGUGGGGUCUAAUGCACAGUCCUUGUCACCUUUCACACCUGUCAACAUGACAUCGUUAGUGACAACUAAAGAGGUAGUAUCAAAAGAGAGCACAAUAUUUACAAGGGCACAUAACUCCACUGUCAGAUUUUCUUCAAGGAAUGCUGCCCAAGAAUCUCAAAGCCCUACGACAGCCUCUUUCUGGAAUGGCACAUCGGCGAGAGAGCUUUCUACAUCAAGGACGUACUUAGUGCCACUUUCGCCGAGGCGCACAACAAGAGAGGCAAAUAGGCACACAUCUGAGAAAUCGAGCGCUGUAUCGUCAGCAUACCAAAGCACUAACUCUGAGGAAGUGCGUUCCGUUGGAUCCACACAUUUGACGUUCCCAGUAGCUAUUAGCACUGUGCAGAAUGUCAGCUUUUCUCCUAAACUGAAAAGUUCUUUCCUACAUCAUUCAUCGCUGCCUUUUCCAGUGCCGCCACCAUUGCCUUCAAUUUCAUUAUCAUCUUCAUCAGUCCUGCAUUCAACCCCCUUCAUGUUGUCACGAUCUUCAGCGUCAUCUGUGUUUAUAGCAUCACAGUUACUGCCAAGUUUGGAAACACAUCUGUCGUCAUUUUCGCAUUUGCCUUCAAAUUCAUCGUCUUUGUUACAUCUAAGAAUGACUUCAUCAUCGCAUUCGACGGCGUCGUCAUCAACAUUUUUAUGCUGUUCCCCCUCCUCUUCUUCUGCUUCCUUCUUCUCCUCUCCCACCUCUCUCUCCUCCCUCUCUUCCUCCUCAUCGUCCUCUACCUCUCUCUUCUUUCCUUCCGCUUCUAUCUUUUCCUCGUACCCCUUUUCUUCGUCAUCUGCUUUCUACUUCUCUUCCUCUCACCCCAUCCCCUCCUCCUCCUCCUCCUACUCCUUCUCUUCUUCCUCUGUUUCAACAUUUCUCUCUCCGUCAUCAUCAUUAUCAGUGUCGUUGUCAUUAUCAUCAUUGUCAUCAUCAUCAUCGUCAUCAAUCACAACAACAACUCCUCUAAUGAAAUCAUCAGUAAUCCAAUCAGUAUCAGCACCAACUUCAUCACCAAUAUUUUCAUCGUCAUUCUUGUCAUCAUCAUCAUUAUUGUCAUCAUCAUCAUCAUCAUCAAUCACAACAACAGCUCCUUUAAUGAAGUCAUCAGUAAUCCAAUCAGUAAUCCAGUCAGUAUCAGCACCAACUUCAUCACCAACGUUUUCAGCGUCAUUCUUGUCAUCGUCAUCAUUAUUGUCAUCAUCAUCGUUGUCAUCAUCAACCACAACAACAACUCCUCUAAUGAAGUCAUCAGUAAUCUACUCAGUAUUAGCACCAACUUCAUCACCAACAUUUUCAUCGUCAUUCUUAUCAUCACAGCAUCUAAGAACAAAACUAUUACCACCGCCUGCACAAUCGACAGGAUCAUCAACGACGACUUCAAAGAAAACUUUAUUAUCAACAAAUUUAGUGGUUCUAUGGUCAUCGAUAUCCGAUGUGAAACGUUCCUUAGAUUUGACUUCGCCCUUAUCUUCAUAUUCUAAACAUACUUUUAUAAAGAAAACCUUUAUUAAUGCUGAAACCUCAAAACGCGAUUCUUCGCAAGGAGAAGGCGUUUACUUCUCCCACGCGAAAACAGGACUCACUCUCUCCAGCAUUCCUCAAACGUUAAUUGCGACGCCUUCAAAACCAAGCACAACUGUACCUGCCGUCACUGACACAUUUCUGAUGAAAUUUCAGGGAAACUGUAGUUUUAUUUCCAACAGGGAAGAAUUCAAGUAUACCUUUGUAACUGCUUUGACCGAAUUUUUGCCGAUUUCAAGAUAUGAUGUUAUAGUCUAUGACGUCAAGUGCGGUUCGGUGGAUGUUACUUUUGGGUUGCAAGGUCACAACAGUAAUUUAACAGAAAAACUGUGGGCGAUGAUAGCAAACGAAUCAAUUGUGUUUACCUACAAUGGGACGCAGUUUGUUGCAUUUUACUUGAGACAAAUCAUAACGCCAUCGUCCAUAACUGUCACAGACCCCACCACGCCUCCUUCGGUUCCAACCGGGACCUCCACCAAACACGGAAGAAAAAGGAUCGUGUUUAUAAUAUUUGUGUUGAUUGGUUCAGUAUUUGGAGCAUUGUUUAUUUUCUGCUUGGUCGUAUUUGUAGCCAAGUUCUGUACCUGCUGCCAGAAAACUCAUAGAAAAUUCCGCGUGCAUCGAAACGUUCGCAUGCAAGCUCCCUUUGAAACUGAGUUGAAACGUUUUGUGGCGCACAAUAAUAUUCUCCAAGGAGUUAACUUUUACGGAGAAUUAACUCAACUGGAGGAAAUCAGAAAAGAUGUUGAGCUUGAAAUUGUCGAAGAUGACAUCGAUGAGGAGCUUUCCGAACUAAGUCCCCUUGCAGACACAAAUAUUGGCUUGUUAAAUAGUUAUAAUCACACGAAUUCUUGCCAACCAAAAGAGCACAAGUUUGUCUUUGAUGACGCUGGCUCUUGUUCUAGUGUGGUCUUUUACUAAAGCACUUUCAUAUGGAUGCUAUUUUGUACAGAUUUAGAAACAUUUGAUUGGGUGUUUCCAAAUUGCAGGCUCAGUCUACAGCCGCUGGUGUUCCGAUGCACCCACUGAUCGCUGGUGCAUAGAAACAUCAACAGUC